AUGCAGGCGUCUCGGAGUAAAGCAAGAAACCCUAGUGCUGCUGGUGCUGCUGCUGAUAGCAGUGGCGCGAGAGGCAGUGGCAACGGUGGUGGGGAUGAAGGAGAGUGUGGGGAAGGCAAGGACGAAGGGCGGGAGGGGAGUGAGAGCGGUGGCGGGUCGUCGAGGCUGUUGCAGCGGCCGGUAGCGGCUGCCCCUAGAAGAGCCAUGGUGCACCAGGACGGAGACAGCCCCACUGCCAGGCUCCCACAUGGCCACACUGCUUCAGGUGGAUCCUCAGGAGAAUCACCUGAAGGUUCACCUGGUGCACGUGGCUCAGGUGGUGGCGGCAGAGCAGGGAGCAGCAGAGCAGGUGGCAGCAGCCGUUCCCCUGGAUCUGCUGGUGGUGGCAGUGCCAGUGCCGGUGGUCUUGCUGCGUCCUUGCUACAAGGAGGGAUUGGUAGAGCAGCAGGAGGAGGAGGGCUGGUGAGAGAGGAGCCCCUUCGCUGCUGCCUGGCUUCCCUCUCCCUCCCCUGGGAGUCGCUCGCCUUUGACCUCCUCUUCAAGGAAAUGCCUGUUAAGGUGGACAUUGGUGGUCGGAUAUUCCCUCCUCCUCGAAAUCCUCCCAGUGCAGAAGACUUUUGA